CACCGGCGGUGGCCCCCCGGGGGCGCCCCCGGGGCCGCGGUGGGCCCGGGGCUCCGCGGGCGGCGGCGGCGGCGGCUCCCCGAGGCGGGGGAAGAUGCUGCCGGGGUCCAUCCAGAUCUCCGGUGAGACGCUGUCGGGCGCGGAGAUCCGGGACAUCUGCGAGAGCCUGCGGGAGAACUCGGUGCGGCUGCUGUCGCUGCGCGGCUGCCAGCUCUCGGAGCGGGACUUCGGGCACGUCUGCCGCGGGGUGGCCGAGUCCCGCUCCCUCGCCCAGCUCAACCUCAACCUGGGCAUCGUCUCCAACAUCAACCGCGUCAAGCAGCUGGCCGAGGCCCUCAAGACCAACCGCUCCGUCCAGUCCCUCUUCCUCCAUGGCAGUCCCCUGACAGAUGCAGGCUUGGCCCUCCUCAACCCUGCGCUCUCCAUCCAUCCUUCGCUGGUGGCUCUGGAUCUGGGAGACUGCAUGCUGGGGGAUGAAGGCAUCAACCUUAUCUGUGGGCUCCUGCCACCCGAUGGGGCUAAGUCAGGCCUCAAAGAGCUAACGCUGAGCGCCAACCCAGGCGUCACAAGCAAAGGCUGGGGACGCCUGGCCAUUGCGGUGGCUCACAGCUCCCAGCUCCGAGUGCUGAACCUGGACUACAACCCCUUGGGUGACCAGGUAGCAGGGAUGCUUGCUGUCGCUGUGGCCUCCAGUCGAACCCUUGAAGUUCUGGAUUUGGAGGGAACAGGACUUACCAACCAGUCAGCCCAGACCUUGCUGGACAUGGUAGAGAAUUAUCCCACAGCCCUACGGACACUCAUCCUGGCGGAGAACAACAUUAGUCCUGAGCUGCAGCAGCAGAUCUCUGACCUGCUCUCGGAGGGCGAGGAAGAGGAGGAAACGGAGGCUCGUGAAGUCACGGCCAGGGAGAAGAACCCCUGGAUCUGCCAGAACACUCCCAGCUCCCAGAUGGUCCUGAUGACGUCGGGGCUCGGGGACAGCCUCUUAGCAGAAACAGAGAUGUAGCUGGGCUACCCUGCCUGCUUCUGCCAAGGAGAGCGCCGCGUGCGUGGCCGGCGUUCGCACCACACGCCGGGGGAGCGCGCACCCACCAGUCCCCGUGCCUUCGGUGAGCUGCCCCGAGGGUCCUCUCGCACAUUUCACGUCCUGUCGACGCUCCCUCAGCUCUCUGAGCGCCGGAGCCUGGUCCGAGUGAACCUCCACACGCGUCUCUGUGUUGUCACACGCCCCGUCGGCCGCUUGUGAUUGUCCAGUCGCUGCAUGUGUAGCUCACGCUGCCCUGCCUCUCCCCCACGCCUGGCUGCGCCCCGCAGCGCGCGGGCUGUAUUUAUUCAGAUGUGUAUAAGAGAUGGUCUUUCUAUUGUCCUGCUGUC